AUGUCACAGUACGAACCUUCAACCCAACCUCGCCGACGAGGAGGCCAGUCCCUCUUCCCCUACAGCAACAGCAGCAGAGCCUCAGCCCAGAGCCUCAGGAGCCAGUACAGCAGCAGAGAAGCCCAGACGGCGCACCUUGUGCAGCUGAUUGAGGAGUUUCGCAAGGGGGAUCCCAUCUACGAGCCCGUGCCGCCCACCCCACCACCCAGAGCCCCGGGACGGCAGGGGAGUCAACGGAGUCAGAGGAGCCGGAGAGUCAUUUCGCCAUUUGUGCGAUUUCAGUCACCUUUGGAGAGGCUCACAUCACCACUGGAGCGCUUUGCAUCACCGUUGGAGUCGUAUGCUCCCAGGAGACGGGCCAAGACGCCGCUUUCCACUCCUGUAGUGUAUGACAUGCCCAACAACAUCGCCACCCAGCACCAGAACAUCAUCUUCCCUGCGGCGAUACCAGAAGAGGCGCAGAUGCAGACGAGGCAGCAGACACCGCCAGAAGAACCCGAACCUGUGCCCGUGCCAUCCAUCAUCGCCAACGAGGAGACGGAGUCGGACGAGCAGAGCUUCGACCUGGACGGAUUCCCGAUGCCGCCAGACUUUACGGGCCAGGAGUACCUCACUCCUGUCGAGGAGGUUGAAGACUGGGUCGACUUGGAGGAGACGUCGGGCAAGGUGUAUGCCUUUGACCCGGCGCGCUCGUCGUCUGACCCGGCUAGAGACGAUGACGGGUCUGAUUUAGAUAUCCCGUUCUCGGAUGAUUCUACUUUGAGAGGGGAGGAGCCGCCGUUGAGUAGGGCGCUUCAUGUGUAUCAGUCAAUGUACACUGGCGAGGGCGUCCUGGGCGGUGUACAUUCUGCUGCUUUGGAUGUCGUCUAUGACACCAAGAGGAGACGACAAUCGCUGUUUAGAUGGCUGCAUGUACAACAAGACAUGAUGAACUUUGACGAGUUCACUAGUGAGAUUUCUCGCGCACUCUCAGAGUCGGAGCAAAACGACGUCCGCAAGCUCCUCUCCGAUGUGAGGAAAAACUAUUCCAAGACCAUCCGCACCUCUCGCGACACGACGGUCAAGCACAUGGAGCCCAGCCACCUAGAACUACCCCUCCAACGUGGAGGCGACCAAGCCAAAGGCUCAGCGACAGGAAAGCGUUCCGUGACUUGGCUCUGCAUCCCGUACUUUUCACUCGAGGAGUACUCUGGAAUCCUGGCCACGGGGAAUCCAGGAGCCUACCCACCCCUAACGCUGCUGCAGCUAGCGUUCUCGAGGAACUCGCAGAAACGAGAUAUGCUUCAGGCGACACGGCAGAUUGGCAAUGGAGGGAAAGACACGUGUUUCCACAUUCGACAGCUGUGGUGUAUUGUCCUGGAUAACUCGCUGCUUAUCACCUGCGGUUCCAUGUACGAAGAAUCCCUGCGGGGCGAGACUGUCACGAUGACUUCUGAGCCGGCGAGAGAUACUGCUUUGGGCGCGGAUACGGGGCGCAUACUUAUCCAGCACGGCGAGUCGGUGAUGUGGUCGUUUCCCCUCGAGGAGUGCCGGACCUGGUUCGCGUUUAUUGCGCACUUUGCCGAUUUCUGGCCAAAGGCGGUUCGUUUCCACUUCAACGGUCGUCUGUUGACAGAAGCGCGCUGGUGGAAGGUGCUUCAAUUCGCCAGGACUUCACGUAGGAAUGUCGUGAUUAGUAUGGAAACAUGCACACCACCACAACUACCGCCAAGCGGCAUUUUGAGACCCAUCAAAUCAGGCCUGAGCUGCAACGCUGGGCAAUCGUCCGGUGUCCUACAGCUGCCCAGAUCAUCAGCUGGAAACCGGAUGAGCUUCCCGCCGGGACAGUCCAACAAGACCAACGAGAUGUUCCACGUAUUCAGCUGGGCUGAAGCAAGACCGCCCAGCCCAAUGGAGGGUCCUAAUUUCAUCGUCCUUCAGAAACAGCUGUCCGAAGUCGAGGAGUUCCUGACGGUCGAGACCAACGGGCCGGACCGGCGGGCGUACCUGGAGGCUGAAAUGUCGACGAGAAAUGAAGUGUUUGAGUACCUCGAGCAGCAGGGGGCGCGGAUGCAGGACACGAAGAAGUCAUGGAAGAAGCAAGAUUAUGAGGAGCGUGUUGACAUUUUCAAUGCGGCUGACUCUUUGUUCCGGUUCUUCUUGCCUCCCUUGUUUGAUGGACCGACGACGGAGAGGUUCUGGGGUGCGGUGAUGAACUUGGUCAGAAUUCCUCAGCCCGAGGCCACCGAGGUUGAGUCUCAUCCGAACAACCUCGACAAGACACGUCGCGAAGCCGUCUACGCAAACGCCCCAACGGUCAGAAAAGCACUGCGCCAAAUGGCCCUCCCGGUCAUUGCCUUCAAGAGCAUCCUGUCCCACGCUGAACCCACGGACCGGGUGGAUAUCGACGUUCCGCUGGAGCUGAUCCGAGCCUGGCUUCAUCUGGUUAUGGGCCUGAUCUACGCGAGUCACGAAACGCACAUGUGGGAGGACCACCUGGAAGUGGCGGAGACUCUGGUCAAGAACGGCAUGAAGCACAUGAUGGAACGGCUGUCGAGCCUUAACCUGCUGGAACGGUCUUCCGUCCUCCCGCUCGAGGUGGUGUCUCUGAUCAGCUACGGCCUCUUGUCCAAUACGUCUGGAAAGUAUGCGGGAAUUACAGACACUUAUUCAGAGUAUCUCAGAUCAUUGGAAAACGAGAUUGCAAACGGGCAGUCGGAUAUUUCUUACCAGCAGCGAAUCAACUUUCUACGGCAGGAAGUAAACGUGAUUAACCGCAUAAUUGCAGCGCAAAACAACGUCUUUAGCUCUAUCUUAGCCUCUCGUCAAGAAGGUUCAUCCCGGGCGGUGAAGCUUCACCGUUCGGCUCGAACUCAGGUCGCCGCAGCCAACUACCGCGAAGCUGCUUCUCUCAAGUCUCAUUUGCGGAUGGGCAGAAGCAGCGGCAGACAUGGCGCCGCCGAUGACGAAGACGUGCAGGUGCUGUUGGAGCCCAUGGUCAUGGCUGCCAGUGCAGAGGUGUCCGACUUUUACAAGCUUCCGUCCACGGACGCGGCCGGCUUCAGGGAUCUCCUGGCGGCGGAAUGUACGCAGCUCCUGGAGCGGCGGAGCAGGGACUUUGAAGAGUAUGCCGAACAGGCUGACGUUUUGGAACAGACGAACCUCAACAAUGCCGCGGUCACCAAGGACCGACAAGAGCAGGCGAUUUAUGCCUUUACUAUUGUGACCAUUAUCUUUUUGCCUCUGAGCGCCGUCUCGAGCGUCUUCGGGAUGAACUCUAGCGAUAUCCGAGACAUGGAGGCCGGGCAGUGGUUGUACUGGGCCACCGCGAUACCCGUCACCAUCCUGACGAUUGUGCUGGGUCUGUGGUGGAUGGGCGAGAUGGGACACCUCGUCGACUGGGUGCUCAGGAAAGUACGAGGCGACGACAGACUGGGCCCGAAGUUUCCAGCUUCAUCGUAUGGUGGCGGGGACAUGUCCGAGAAGCCUGGUUACCAGCAGCAUGCCGGUAUCGAGGUCAUCAAUGCUCCGCGGACCGUGUAUAGUCGGCCAAUGUCGGCCAAGCAGAGCUUCACGAGGCGGCUGGACAGACGACGAAGCCAACGGACGUGA